AUGAAGUCGGUUUUAAUGGUCGCUGAAAAACCAUCCUUGGCAGCUUCUUUAGCCAAUAUUUUAAGCAAUGGUCAAUGUACUACCAGAAAAGGUUUAAAUGGAUCUUGUUCAGUGCAUGAAUGGAUAGGUCAAUUCAGGUCAGAGACUGUUAAUUUUAAAAUGACCUCUGUUUAUGGUCAUGUUAUGACAUUAUACUUUAUCGGAAAAUACAGUAACUGGGACAAAGUUGACCCUGCAGAGUUAUUUGUGUGUCCAACUGAAAAGAAAGAAGCAGUUCCUAGAUUAAAAAUCCCUUAUUUUCUGGCUAAAGAAGGAGGUCACUGUGAUUCCUUAGUAUUGUGGCUAGAUUGUGACAAAGAGGGUGAAAAUAUUUGUUUUGAAGUUAUAAAUUCAAUUCAGCAAAGUACAAAUAGAAGAAUAACUUCAAAUGAUAUUUGGAGAGCAAGAUUUUCUGCUAUCACAGAAAAGGAUAUAAAAUCUGCAUUAGAAAAUUUAGUGAGGCCAAAUGAAAAUGAAGCAAAAAGUGUCGAUGCUCGGCAAGAACUGGAUUUAAGAAUUGGUUGUGCUUUUACAAGGUUUCAGACAAAAUUUUUUCAGGGAAAAUAUGGAAAUUUAGAUGUUUCUCUCAUUUCCUAUGGUCCUUGUCAAACACCUACAUUAGGAUUCUGUGUACAAAGGCAUGAUGAAAUUCAGACAUUCAAGCCAGAUCCAUAUUGGGUUCUACAGGUUACAGUUAAAUGUUCUGAUGGCCAAGCCAUUAUUGUGAAUUGGAGCCGAGUACGAUCUUUCGAUAAGGAAAUAGCAAAUAUGUUUCUAAGUCAUGUUAAGGAAUACGAGCAAGCAACGGUAAUAAGUGUAGAAAGCACGGAGAAAACAAAGCCACGGCCCAUAGCUCUAAACACAGUAGAAUUGAUGAGGGUAGCAAGUUCGGGCUUAAGUAUGAGUCCGCAUUAUGCUAUGCAGAUUGCAGAACGCCUAUACGUUCAGGGAUAUAUAAGUUAUCCUCGAACCGAAACAACAUUAUACCCAGAUAAUUUUGACUUACUUGCAACGUUAAAACAACAACAGAGUAGUUCUGAUUGGGGAGAUCAUGUUCGUAAAAUAUUGGCGACAGGUAUUAAUAGACCGAAAAAGGGAGUUAACGUUGGGGACCAUCCACCCAUUACGCCAAUGAAACAUGCUACACGAAGUGAACUUGAUGGGGAUUCGUGGAGAUUAUACGAUUUCAUAACACGACAUUUUAUUGCUACACUGGCUCAUGAUUGUAAAUAUCUGAGUACCACGGUUAAAUUUGAGAUAGGAAUGGAAAUGUUCACGGCGAACGGUCACAGUUUACUAGAUCCCGGAUAUACUAAUAUACUUACUUGGCAGGCGCUUGGAAACAACGACACUUUGCCUAAAUUUACACCUGGUGAACAAGUCAAUAUACAGGAGACAAAGUUAAUCGAAUGCUACACGCAACCCCCAGAUUAUCUAACAGAAUCUGAAUUGAUAUCUCUUAUGGAGAAACAUAGUAUUGGAACUGACGCUUCUAUUCCAGUACAUAUAAACAAUAUAUGUAUACGAAAUUAUGUCAAUGUUGGAGCUGGUAGAAAGUUAAUUCCUACUUCUCUAGGGAUUGUAUUAGUACAUGGAUAUCAAAAGAUAGAUCCUGAGCUAGUUUUACCUACAAUGAGGUCAGCAGUAGAGGAACAAUUGAAUUUAAUAGCUCUGGGACGUGCAGAUUUCCACGCUGUGCUACAGCAUACGGUUGAAAUUUUCAAACAAAAAUUCCAUUACUUUGUGAAAAGUAUAGAGGCGAUGGAUCAGUUGUUUGAAGUUUCAUUUACUCCUCUGUCUGCAUCGGGUAAAGCACACUCUAGAUGUGGAAAGUGUCGACGUUAUAUGAAAUAUAUACAAACAAAACCAUCGAGGAUGCACUGUGCACACUGUAACGAGACCUAUAAUCUUCCACAAAAUGGCAAUAUACGAAUAUAUAAAGAACUCAAGUGUCCAUUGGAUGAUUUCGAGUUGCUCUCGUGGUCCACCGGAGCACGAGGAAAGAGCUACACGUUCUGUCCAUAUUGUUACAAUAAUCCUCCAUUUAGAGAUAUGAAAAAGGGAAUGAGCGGUUGUAAUUCCUGCACACAUCCAACAUGCCCACACGGCAUGAACUCUAAUGGUUUAUCGAGUUGUCUAGAGUGCAACGCUGGUAUACUCGUACUUGAUCCUUCGGCUGCACCCAAAUGGAAACUUGGAUGCAAUCGUUGCGACGUUAUUAUUCAUUUAUUCGAGAAUGCUCACAAGGUAACUGUCGAUACAGACGUGUGCGAUUGUGGGGCGCAAUUAGUCACUGUGGAAUAUAAGCAGGAGAAAACCAAGCUUCCUAACGAAGCCACGGAGAUGACAGGUUGUGUCUUUUGCACACCAGCCUUCCUGGCUCUCGUAGAGAAACAUCGUGCUGUCGCCUCGAAACCGGUCGCGACUCGCGGUCGUGGUCACACUAAAGGUCGUAGUCGGGGAAAACCUCAUGCCCCGAAAGAUAAGAUGGCUCAAUUGGCCGCGUAUUUUGUAUAAUCGAUCAGUUUGUAAAUGAAGUACAUAGAUGUUUACCAUUCUCUUCCGUUCACUCUUCGACACAUC